AUGACUCAACUCUAUUCAAUUUAUAUAUUUUGUCGGAAACAAUCAAAGUAUGAAGAAUGGGCGAAAAACUGGUCCAAAGUGAAAGGUAUUUUCACAGAUAUUAUCCCGAUUUGUGAGAUAGUUCGAAAAUCUGCUCGACAAUGUGAUGAAGAUUCAGUCGUGAUUAGUGCUGUAUCGUCAUUGAAUCAUAUAGAACCAUCGUUUAUGUAUACACAACUCUUCAAAGAGAUUAUUCUUAAAAUUAAUUUCGAUGAAAAGAAAGAAAUCGAUGCUCUAACCGAAUAUGCACGUAAGAUAUAUGCCGGCAAUGACGAACACUUGACGAUGAUCGACGAAUUCGCCCGAGAAUAUCAAGGUAAUUUGGAUGAGAUUAAUAAGCCCAUCUGGUGGUAUACUCGGGAAUGUUUCACGUACCACAUGCUUAACAAAGCACUGGGUACUCUACAAAUCGAGACCCUACUUAAAAUGGGCAUCUUCAUUCGAGACCUUCAUCAAAACAUUGCGAAGCUCCAUUCUGAGCAAAUGAAUGAUAUGCCUGAUGACCCAACACCAAUUACAGUAUAUCGAGGAAAAACUAUGACUAAACAAGAUUUUGAUAGUAAAAUUAAACAAGAUGGACUCAUGUCGUUCAAUAAUUUCUUAUCAACAAGUGAUGACCCAAAGGCAGAUGACUUCUUACUCAAACAAAUCAAUAAAGUCGAUCAACCGAUAACUCCUUCACCUGAACUUUUAUCUCAAAUUGAUCGAUGGGAGAAUGACACAAUCGACAAUGUACAGAAGACAGCUAAAAAAAUUCGUUAUCAACUUACUGAACUACUUAAUCGAGAUAGAAAUCAAUUAAUAAAUCAGUUUGAAAUAUUAACACAAGAAAUAACAACUCUCAAAGAAGAAGAUGAUUUUGCUGAAGAUGAUAUUGAACAACUUCGAAAGACUAUCAAUCAAAUACAAUUAUCAUUAGAACAACUUAAUUUACCGGAGAAAGGCAAAUUUAUUAUAGUAGAAAAUAAUGAAAUCGAUUGGAAUAAUCUAAUUAGUGUUGAAGAAAAACAAAAACUAUUACCACUCUAUUCAAUGAAUAUAAAUGCUAAUGCUAGAUGGAUACCAAAUGGUCAUACUGUAGCUGGUGGAAAUGGAACCGGUAAUGGAUUUAAUCAACUCGGACGACCAUCCAGUUUGUGUAUUGACCAUGAUCAAUCUGUUUAUGUUGCUGAUUUUGAUAAUCAUCGUAUUGUUAAAUGGAAAAAAGGAGCAACGAAAGGUAAUGUAGUUGCCGGUGGAAACGCUGAAGGAUUUCGAACUGAUCAGUUGUAUUCACCAACUGAUCUGAUCAUUGACAAUGAAAGAGACAGUAUCAUUAUUUGUGAUUAUAAUAAUUUACGAGUAGUUCGAUGGCCACGUCAAAAUGGUAAACAAGGAGAAGUAAUUGUUUCGGGCGUUCGCUGCGUCGGCUUGACCAUGGAUAGCAAUGGAUCUCUCUACAUUGCUGAUAAUAAAAAGCAUGAAGUAGUACGAUAUCGAGCAGGUGAACGUUGUGGAACAGUAGUGGCAGGUGGCAAUGGAUGUGGAGAUCGACUUGAUCAACUGCAAUGUCCUCGAUGGUUAUUCGUCGAUCAAGAUCAUUCAGUGUAUGUAUCGGACAAUGAAAAUCAUCGUGUAAUAAAGUGGAUAGAAGGUUCAAAAGAAGGUAUUAUUGUAGCUGGUGGUCACGGUCAUGGAAAUAGUCCUACACAAUUAUCUCAUCCGUGUGGGAUCGUUGUUGAUCAAUCGGGUACUCUGUAUGUGGCGGAUAGUUGGAAUAAUCGAAUAAUGCGUUGGUUAAAAGGAGCCACAGAAGGAAGUGUCGUUAUUGGUGGGAAUGGUCGAGGAGAACAACCGAAUCAACUCCAUCAACCAACAGGUUUAUCAUUUGAUCGACAAGGUAAUCUCUAUGUCGUCGAUCAAUGCAAUAAUCGAGUACAAAAAUUCAAUAUCGAUCCGAUUAUUUUAUUGAUUGAAUAA